GCAAAUCAUCAUUCGAUUCUGAGCUUCAGUGAGCAGAACAGUUGUGUGAAACAAAGACUUCAUCCAAUUAACUCCAACAUGAUUGCCAAAGCCAUCAUUCUCGCAGCCAUCAUCACGGGCAUUGCUGCCCAGUCCUGGUAUAACCCGCGCCUACAGCCGGCGAAUUGCUUUUUCGGCCAAAGGCAGAACCCGUUCAACAGCUACAACCCGCAAGGAAAUUAUAUUCCCUAUCAAAACGGGAAUGAGCCCUACUACAACACACGCGGAAAUUACAUUGGCCCUCAGAACGGACACCAGCCCUACUACAUCGACGCACAGGGGAAUAGUAUUUGCAUCCAGAAACAGAGCGGGCAGUACUACAACGAUGCGUCAAUGCAGAGACAGUUCAUUGGCGACCAAGAACACCCGGGCUACUCCUGGUGGAACAGGGCAGCAGCGCAGAGAGGAAAUACUUUCGGGCUCCAACAACCUUUGUGCUACUACUGCAACGGAGUACUACAGCAGAGCCUCAUGCCUGGAAGGAGACAGGCACCCUGGUACAGCUACCCUGGCGCAUACGAGUCACCAAUGCAGAGACCCGCUUACAUGAGGAGAAUGGGUGAUCCCUGCUGGAAUUACUUCAACAAUUACCAGCCCGCGGCAGAACCCUCGCAAUACUGGUGAUGAUAAGCUGGACAACAGCUCUCGGGACCUCUUCACUUGCAAUGAUCCCUCUCCUAGCCAAACAGUCUUCUACAGCGUCGGCAGCCAGUGCACAUGUGUUGUGGAAGAUGACGAAAGCGCAGCUUGCGCCUCCAAAUCAGCCUCUGGCGAGAGAUCAAUCAGCUCAUCAUCUAGUGAAUCGAGGAGAAUAAUAUUUAUUCAUGUAUUAUCAAUCAUCACGUUUUAUGACGUUAUGUGAAUUCCAAAUGUUCUGUCAGAAAAUAAAUUCUUUUCUUGACAUUGA